GCUUUGUUGUUCUUAAGGUCAGCGACGUUGAAAACCCUUGCAAACUCGGCAGUUUUCAAAGGGGUUUCUGUUGUUGAAACGAAAUCAAGGGGGUUUGGGUGGAGAACGAAGGCGACCGUCGCAGACACAAGGAUGACAAUAGAGAAAAGUGAAGGGAAGAAGGUGAGCAUCUCUGAUUCAAAGGAGGAUCUAGCGGUGGCCCUUGUGAAAUACAUUGCCGACCAAUCUGAUAAGGUCUCCAAAACAAGGAGCUCGUUUAUUGUUGAUCUCUGGUUGUCUUGCCAAUGUCAUCGCCAUAGUAAAGACUUAGAGACCUGGGUUUUCAAACAAAGUGAAUGAUGAUCAACUUGAUCCUUCCUUUUCUCCUUUGGAAAUCGCAGCAGACAAGUCAAGUUUUUCCCAUUUGUAUGAGGAAAUAUUGGGGUUUUUAUUUCAUGUCCAAGUAUUGGGAUUUGGAGUAUUGAAAUGGAUUCUUGAUUUUGACUUUGUGGGUUGUUCUUAUUGCUUUCUGGUGAUGAGAUUUUUGCUAGCUAGACUUGAUCAAGAAACCCAAAUUCUGAUA